UACAUGAAGUGUGAAAAUGAAAAAGGAAAGAACGUAGGAUGAUGAUAUCUAACAACAGACAUAAGCACUGUGGAAACACAAAUGUUCUAGAAUAUUUAAAAAAAAAAACAACCGAUACAGUAAAGUUAAAGAUGCCACUUUCAUAAAACUGUCGAACUUUAAUAAAAAUGUAUGAGUUGUUUGAAUUUGUAAAACUUCUGUCUGUGAAACCAGCCCACCACAAUCGAGGGAAAACCGACAUUAUAAAAUUAGCAUGGAAAGAGGAAGGAGAAAUUAGUUUCCUAGCUCUUUUAUGCUCAAAUGAAUACAUAUUAUUACGAUAUGACGUCUCUAGUCGAACCCCUGUUAUCAAGCAGUUACCUUGGCUACCUGAAAAAAAAAUUGCAUCCAUGUGUUUUGAUCCCACCAUGACUUGGCUGCUUAUUGCUACUGAAACAUCUGAAGAGAUCUACAUUAUCCCGGCUCUGUCAAUUGUUGAUUCUGAUGCCAUUGUUAACAGAAUUUUUACAACAGAUGAUGUGACUGUUAGAGCAUUUCACUUAACUAGAGGCAAUGUAUGCCACGCUCUGUGGUGGCAGACUUUAGAAGGAAGGCAAGUGGCUAUCCUAGCCACUAAUAUAGGUGAAAUUGUGUUUAUUGAUCUUGUGGAUGCCGAUGUGUUUACUAAGGUGACCAUAGAUGUAACAAUAACAGAUAUGUCUUUAUCUCAAGAUGACCUACAGUUAAAUACAUUUCUUGUGAUCACAACUGUAUCUGGAAACCAGUGGAAACUUCUGUUAGAAACCAAAGCAACUGUCUUUAGUUUUUCUCCCGACCCUGUCCUUCAAGAGAUGGGCUAUGAUGAUAUUGAUGGCUUUUCUGUGCCAUCAAGAACUAUUUUAGACUCAUCUGAAGAGAAUAAUGGUCUGUUCAGCCCAUCUCAGUUCCAAAACUUUCAGCCGCCAACUUUCCUGCAGCCUCAGUAUGCCAGAGGAAGACAUUUUUUAACUGCUCACUGUACAGCUACUUCAACAUUGCAGGUGUUGAGCUCUGUCACAGAGAGUAACCCGCUCUUUGUUUACAAACUACCAGUUGGGACUGAGAGUUCCAUUCUAACCGAUAAAUUAAUUUUCACCAUAAAAAGUCAAGCUAAUGACAAGAAGUUGAUUAUUCUAUCAAAUCAGAAGUCUGAAAAUUCAUUGGAUGAUCAAGAUUUUAAUGAAGAAGCCAUGGUUCAACAGUUCAACUUACCAGAGGGUGAAACUCUACUGGGUGUACUUAAAAAACGCUACCCCUUCUAUUAUCACGAGCAUCGUGAAAAUGAGUGGUCUAAACGUCUCAGAGGGGGCAGCAUUAUCCAACCCUUGAAAAAUCAUGAUGCGCAGCUUGAUUCUUCCGUCCUCAUGAUCCCAGUGACCACACACACAGUACUUGAUGGGUGUAUUAUAGUCACCAACUGCUCUGUGUAUGAGAUUAGGCCAUGUAUUUCACCUGAAAGACUUUUCCUGCAUUUGGCCAUGACUCUUCCUGAAACAACUGUAGCUGAAAAUCUGGCAAUAAGUGUAGGCCUUGACCUUACAAGUCUGUCAGAGCUUGCUGCAGAGUUUAUGUUGAAGCAGUCUUUCUUUGGAAAAGCUAUGAAGCUCUACACUUUGUCUAAGAAGAUACAAAAGGUCCAUAUGAGGCAUUCAGAAAAAUGUACUGAAUGGGGUGGGAAUGGCAAGUGCCCAGCAACAAAACGAACAGGGGGACUGGCUCGAUAUGGAUGCAUUUCUGAAACUAUGAUACAUCUUCGGCAAGUGCUGAGCAGCCCAAACUUUGAACUGAACACAUGGGAGAGAAAGUUUCUCUCCAACAUGCUUUUACAUUGCUUUGUGUACCAGCUGCAUAAUUCAGGCCAAGCUGCUGGCAAUAUUUAUGCUGGGUUGAGUGAUUUCCUUACUGGGAGCUUCUCAUUUGAUGAGUCUGUGGCACUCAACUUACUGGCAGAUUUUGGGGAGGUGGAUCUGUUGUUGUCCAUAGCAAAAGCAAGGGGAUUGGUUGUGGAAGCUCUGUCAGCACUCAUUAAGUCACAAGCUUUUUCUUCUGUUUCAUUUUUGUCACUCAAUGACCUAGUUCAGCGAGGAUUUAGUGCUCAUCUUUUACAAUCUGGCAAUGGUUCCCUUGUGCCUUGUCUUCCCCCUGAUGACUUGAUCAGACUCCUCAGCACCCGGCCACAACUGGCAAUUCAGAACUGCCAGAUUUUAAAGCCUCUGUUGCCAGUAUUGAAGGAAACACAGCUCUUGGAACUGGCCAGGAUUUUUGACCCAUCAAAGUCUGUCAUGAGGGGAACACUGCUUAGACUACAGACCGUACGAAGGAGAACAAAUAGUUUGACUUCACUGGGAUCAUGUACAAGUGACACCAUGGACAACUCAAAUGAUUCUGGAGAUCUAUCAGGGGAAUUCCUGAUUAAUUUUUUCUUAGAAGUUGUUUUGUAUCUAAAUUAUAACCGAAGACUUGCAACAUGUACACCACCACAGCAAAGUAUAAGCUUUGAUUCAAUUAUCACCUGCCCAGCUGAUCAGCUUGAUAUUGAGAAAACUGAAGAAAGCUCUAAUGAAAGUCGCAAGAGACUGUCAGUCCAGAUCCAGCCUGUGUCAUGUGGGCCUAAACAUUCCGCUGCCAUUAGAAACGGAGACCUUUACACCUGGGGCAGGUCCAACUCUGGGAGGCUAGGCCAUGGAGAGUUGUCUCAAACUGUUUGCCCCCCAAUGCUGGUUGAAACCCUGCACAUCCUCAAGCUAAAGGUCAUGUCUGUUGCUUGUGGGAACGAGCACACAUUAGCCCUGACACAACAAGGGGUCUACGGCUGGGGUAACUCCAAGUAUGGACAAGUUGGUGUGGGUACACGUCAUGUAUACAAGCGCCCAAUGUUGCUGGAAACUCUGCAGCCUGAGACUGUUAUUGCUCUGGACUGUGGACAUUAUCAUUCCCUGGCCUUGACCUCAGAUAACCAGGUCUACUCGUGGGGCUGGGGUGUCCACGGACAGCUGGGCCAUGGGAACCCUGAGGAUUGUUUGAUACCUACCCAUGUCCGCUUCCUUCUGAGUCUCUCGGUGGUGAAGAUUGCUGGUGGCUAUGCUCAUUCGCUUGUGCUAACUGAACCUGGCGAUGUAUGGUCAUUUGGCUGUGGUUAUUUUGGCCAGCUUGGUGUGGGGGUCAACCACAAGACAACCAUCCCACUGAAGGUUGUUCUGCCAACCCCAAUGCCAGUAGUAGCAAUAGGAACCAAAUACUUUCACUGUGUGGCUGUGACUGCUUCAAACAAAGUGUAUGUGUGGGGUCUCCAUCCUCAAAAUUUGCGCCAGGUAGCCUCUUCUCUAAGGAACGCCAGAUUGGCUGGUGUUCAGUCUCAGGACCAAAAUGCUUACAUGUUGCCGAGUGUAGUAGAAACAACUUACGUGCAUGGUCAAAUUAAUACGGUUGCUUGUGGAAGCCUUCAUAGCUUGUUGUUAACUGAGGAUGGUGGGGUGUAUGUAUGGGGGAGAAAUCUUGAAGGGCAGCUUGGAACAGGAUCUAGACAGGACGAGCGCAUCCCUAAAAUGUUGACUGCUAUAAAUGACCAACACAUGGUCUCCAUUGCUAGUGGGGGUGAAUUCAAUCUGGCAUUUGACGUGGAUGGCGGAGUUUGGGUUUGGGGCAAGAAUGAUUCGGGGCAGUUAGGGUAUGCCAAACCAUGGGGAGAGGGUCAAAGUUCAAAGUCUCAAUCAAACAGCGUUUACCGUCGCCAGAUGUCGACUCACGCAAGUGACGCCAACAUUCCCUCGGCCAUGAGGGGAAUACCUCAGUCUGACACGAGCAGCUCCCAUUGGCUGGCUCUGUUGUCAUCUCUGAACCACAACAGUAUGUGGACUGAGCCUGUGGAAGAAGAAUGUGAAAGCUCAUUGGACAGCUUGCCAAAUCUGGACAAACUAGGAUCAAAUGUUUAUGAUAGCUGUGUAGUUCCUGUCACUCUUAAGGUGAUGGAGAAUGUAGGUGAUGCAAGUCUUUGCCUUCAGAAGUGUGUGGACCUGGGGAAUUGGUUAACUGCUGGCCACAUCAGUUGUCUGUUGGAAGAUUUCAUUCAGGCUUUGUACUAUCGGCUGAAAGCAGUAACAGCUGAAGCUUCUAAGUCAACCAAGCAAGACCUCAUGACAUUGUGUGCACAGUUGGUAAAGCAUCACAUCAAUCUUGUUAUUUCCAGUGCUAGUCCUCACAAGAACUUAUUGCAGUUGUGUAACAAUGCUCUUCACUUCUGGCAGCUCCACUCCUUCCCCAUCUCACAGCUGGAAGACAUCUUCUCACUUCACCUGGAACAUCUCUCAGCAUGGCUGGUGGAGGUUGUCUUAAGGCAUCACACUGGAGAGCAAGCCCACCCAGUUGCCCCCUUCACCUCUCAGUUUUCAUUGAAAGUCCUGAAGACUUACAUGGACGCUAAAGUGGGGGUGAAGAGUGGCGCCAAGUCCAGUGUGGACUGGCAGCAGCUGUUGUCUGACGGAGCCGUUGACCCGUCCUUGCUGGUCAGCAACAUUCCCAGGCUACAGCGAGAAAAACUGACACCGAGGGACCGGCUUUGGACUGACAUUCUUAGAAACAUGAAAAAAGAAACAGGGGUAGUUACUCUAACACACACUCAGCUAGAUCACCUAGAGGAACAAGAGUUACUCAGAACUGGAGGAGCUGCUCCAGCCCACCUUAAAUCUGUAGUUUUCACUUGUGGACAUCAUUACUCCGAGUCCAGCUUCAAGUCUGAAAUUGACCAUCGACUAACAGCUGAACUGACCAGCAGCAGCCAAACCAAGCUACCCAACUCGGCUAUGUUGGUCAAGCAGAUACUCUCCAAGCCAGGCUUAAAGCCCAGUGCCUGCCCUAGGUGCAUUCUACAUGGUUUGAAAGUGGUUUAGGAGAACAGAGAUAUUAAUGCUGAUGAUAGUUUGUUUUAUGAUCAUAGCUGAUCGUGACAGUAACAGAGUAGUAUUUGUAUUGAUUUAAACUCUACAGUGUCUUUCAAAGAUUCAAGAUUUUUUUUCUUAUUUUUGAAAUUUAUAUUUAACAGAAUUUGAAUAUUCCUAAUGAUCACCUAAUUGCAUUUUUAUUAUUGUUGCCAUUUUCCAUAUGUAUGACUCUUAUAAUUUAUAAAAUUUUGAUAAUUUGCUUUAUAGUUGUACACAAAUGUUAAAGUAAGAAAUUUUUUUUUUAAUAUACUAACAAACAGGAGAAAGUAAUUUAUUACUGUUAAACAAAAUAUGCAUUUUAGCAUUAUCUUAUGAUUUUAAAAUCUUUAAUAUGUACUUAUUUCAUAUGACCACAUAUACUGCUAUGCUACUGAAUAGUGCCUUGCAAUCAAAUGCCAAAUAUAAAACUAUGCUAAAAGAUUAAAAAUUCAAUGCUUAGAUUUUUUAAAAAUACAGUUGCAUAGUUUUGAAAAAAAAUGUAUGGAUUAUAUUAUUUUUACUUGUAAUUUGAAUCAGCCAUUUUAUGUCAACAGUGAAUAAAGAUAAUAUUUAAAGCUUUUGCUUUUAAAGACUCCAUGUAGAUAUUUGUUUUCAGUGCAUUUAGUAUGUUUAGUAAUGUAUUAAUAUAUAAAUAACAACAGAACAAGAUAGAGUUAUGGAAAUAGGCUUUGUUUAUUAAAUUGAAAUAGUACAUAGGUUUGUAAAAUAUUUCAAUUAUUGGCACAGAUCAUGCAUGAAGAAAGUUAAAAAAAUUGACUAGAAAAAUUUUCUUGAUAUGUUACUGCAGCUUUGACAUCCUUAGUUCUUUUGUAUUCAGACAAAGCUGGACUGGAUAUAAUUUAAAAUAAAAA